AUGCCUUCCCACUCCCUGUGGCGAGAAGACAUGAUUGAGGGCAGUGACAGAGAAGAAGGCCGCCUUCCAGAUGGCUUGGACUCGUAUUGGCGGCUCGACAGCUACAAGAAUGUGUCGAGCGGGACACUCGUUAACGCACUCCGUGAUGCUGGCGACUCCAACCAUCCGCUCCAUUGGCUGUCCAAAGUAUCUUUGCGAGCGCGGUACCAGCGAGUCAUCAGGCGACUUCUUUGCUACGACGCAUGCUCAAUCGGAGAGCUGCGAAUCUUUGUUCAGGCUCGCGGCCUGGAAGUCGAGACCCAUCGGGAGAAGGAGCGGACCAGUCUCGAACGCGCCCUCGAGAAAGGAGACACUGAACUUUCGUUCCAUAGGAUUAUGGAUCUUCCAGCUGAACUCCGCCUCAACAUCUACGAGUUCUAUAUCUGUGACUUCUCCGAAGAGCUUCACGAGCCGACUCAGCCACCGCUUGCCAGGACCAACCAGCAGAUUCGAAAGGAAUUUCUUCCAGUGUUCUACACCAAUCACGAAAUCCUCCUCAAGAUGACUUUCGACGCCGAGAAAGACUACGACUUGCGAUGGGACAAAGGAACCGAUUACUUCGUCAAGAGUUUGGAACCGAGCAGUCUCGCCAUGUUGCGCAAGAUCAACAUCACUGUCAGAGAAGACUUUCGUGGCCGCGGCUCCCGUAUCGACACAGACUUGUUCCACUUCCGCAUUGAGCUCGGCGGCCCUAACCGUGACUGCUCGGUCAAGUUGACGCAAUCAAUUGACGACGAAAUUGAGUACCCGGAUUUCUCUGACAGCUAUGAGUUCGAGGAUGAUCCGAAAACGCUUGAAGAAGAAAUCCAGGCCACUUUCGAAGUAGCCCGCAGUCGCACCCAGGACAAGACUCCGUAG